AUCCCCUAGAAAUCCCGCCCCCCGCUCCCCUGGGCCCCUGCCGGAGCCGUCCCGCUCCCUGCCAGGUGCGCGAGCCUGCGCGUUCCUCCUCCGCCUCCUCUGGCUGGUCCCUGGCGCGCCGGGGCCGGGACCCGGCGGGGGCGGAUGCGCGCACGGCGCCUUUCCACCAACCCGCUACCCUGCAGGUCCCUCGCUCGUUCUCCAUCCCUCGCCUCGCUCCCCCCCGCCCCACUUUGAUUGACAGGCAAGAUGUCGGUGUGGAGCGAGGCAGGAGCGAAUGCAGCAGCCGUCACCCCCGGAGCCCGGCGGCGGCAGCAGCAGCAGCAGCGCGAGGACGAGACAGCAGCCAGCCGCAGUCGCCGCCGCAGCCGCGGGAGCAAUGCAGACAGCAUCUUGAGAACGCGCUAAAGCACCUCAAACGGUGGACAAUGCCGUGUCACUGCAACUGGGAGGGGGGCAAACCAGAUUUUUUUUGACAUAAAAGCCAGCCAGCCAAAAAUAUAUAAUUUUGUCCUUCACGGAGCCGGUGUGUAAAGAGUGAGCGCUAUUUUCCUUCUCCUCCUCCUCUCCCUCCCCCUCCUCCUCCUCUUUUUCCUCCUCCUCCCUAAGUGUACAGACAGCAUCACAUCACCUGGUUCGCUUCUGAGAAACAGCAUCUCUCCUUUUCAGGGACCAGAGACUCAGAGAGAGGAGACGUUCUAAUGGAGUCUGCUUGAUACCCCAAAAUAAAAUAAUAAAUUUUGGCUCUUGUCCCCUCCUCCCACCCCACCCCCUCAACCCUGUGUGAGAUGUUGGGUUUCUUCUUCAUGAGACAUUGUUGAGAAGUCGCAGUGGUUGGAGAGGCGGAGGGGGUAGACCUACCUCUACUCCCCCCACACCCCCUUUUUUCUCUCUGGGAGGAGGAGGAGGGGAAGGGGGCUUGCAGAGCAAGCGAUGGAUGAGGAAAACAUGACGAAAAGCGAGGAGCAGCAGCCUCUGAGUUUGCAAAAAGCCUUACAGCAGUGCGAGUUGGUCCAAAACAUGAUAGACCUGAGCAUCUCCAACCUGGAAGGGCUUAGGACCAAAUGUGCUACCUCCAACGACCUCACACAGAAAGAGAUCCGGACCCUGGAGAGCAAGCUGGUGAAAUACUUCAGCCGGCAGCUGUCCUGCAAAAAGAAGGUGGCCCUGCAGGAACGCAACGCCGAGCUGGAUGGCUUCCCCCAGCUCCGGCACUGGUUCCGGAUCGUCGACGUGCGGAAGGAAGUCCUGGAGGAGAUCACCCCCGGCCAGCUGAGUCUGGAGGACCUCCUGGAGAUGACGGAUGAGCAGGUGUGUGAGACCGUGGAGAAAUACGGGGCUAACCGGGAGGAGUGUGCCCGCCUCAAUGCCUCCCUCUCCUGCCUCCGGAACGUCCACAUGUCAGGAGGCAACCUUUCCAAACAAGACUGGACCAUCCAGUGGCCCACCACAGAGACGGGGAAGGAAAACAACCCCGUGUGCCCUCCGGAGCCGACCCCGUGGAUCCGCACCCAUCUCUCCCAGAGCCCCAGGGUCCAGUCCAAGUGCAUCCAGCACUACUGUCACGCCAGCCCCACCCCCGGGACCCCCGUGUACACCCACGUGGACAGGCUCACCGUGGAUGCCUACCCGGGCCUGUGCCCGCCCCCGCCACUGGAGUCGGGCCACCGUUCCCUGCCCCCAUCCCCCCGGCAGCGGCAUGCGGUCCGCACCCCACCGCGCACCCCCAACAUUGUCACCACCGUGACCCCACCGGGCACGCCACCCAUGAGGAGGAAGAACAAACUGAAGCCCCCGGGGACCCCACCGCCUUCUUCCCGGAAGCUGAUCCACUUGAUCCCGGGUUUCACGGCCCUGCAUCGGAGCAAGUCGCACGAAUUCCAGCUGGGUCACCGCGUAGACGAGGCCCACACACCCAAAGCCAAGAAGAAAAGCAAGCCCUUGAACCUCAAGAUACACAGCAGCGUGGGCAGCUGUGAGAACAUCCCCUCCCAGCAGCGCUCCCCCCUGCUGUCCGAGCGCUCCCUCCGCUCCUUCUUCGUGGGACACGCGCCCUUCCUGCCCUCCACCCCUCCUGUCCACACCGAGGUUAACUUCUCAGCAAACACACUGUCAGUGCCACGCUGGUCCCCGCAAAUCCCUCGCAGAGACCUCGGCAACUCCAUCAAGCACAGGUUUUCCACGAAGUACUGGAUGUCUCAGACCUGCACAGUCUGUGGGAAGGGGAUGCUUUUUGGCCUCAAAUGUAAAAACUGCAAGUUAAAGUGCCACAACAAAUGCACCAAAGAAGCCCCACCCUGCCAUCUCCUAAUCAUCCACCGAGGAGAUCCAGCAAGGUUAGUCCGGACAGAGUCUGUCCCAUGUGACAUCAACAACCCUCUCCGAAAGCCACCCCGGUAUUCGGACCUCCACAUCAGUCAGACGCUCCCCAAAACCAACAAAAUCAACAAGGACCACAUCCCGGUUCCUUACCAGCCAGACUCUAGCAGCAACCCCUCAUCCACGACCUCCUCCACACCCUCCUCGCCAGCGCCCCCACUCCCUCCCAGUGCCACACCGCCUUCUCCCCUGCACCCUUCUCCACAGUGCACAAGACAGCAGAAGAACUUCAAUCUGCCAGCGUCCCACUACUACAAAUACAGGCAGCAGUUCAUUUUCCCAGAUGUGGUGCCGGUGCCGGAGACGCCAACCCGGGCGCCCCAGGUCAUCCUGCAUCCAGUGACCUCGAAUCCAAUCUUGGAAGGAAAUCCAUUACUUCAAAUUGAAGUGGAGCCAACAUCAGAGAACGAAGAGGGCCAUGAUGAAGCCGAGGAGUCGGAGGAUGACUUUGAGGAGAUGAACCUGUCCCUCCUCUCGGCCCGGAGCUUCCCACGCAAGGCCAGCCAGACCAGCAUCUUCCUGCAGGAGUGGGACAUCCCCUUCGAGCAGCUGGAGAUCGGCGAGCUCAUUGGAAAGGGCCGCUUCGGGCAGGUGUAUCACGGCCGCUGGCACGGUGAGGUGGCCAUCCGGCUGAUUGACAUCGAGAGGGAUAAUGAAGAGCAGCUGAAGGCCUUCAAGCGGGAGGUCAUGGCCUACAGGCAGACACGGCACGAGAACGUGGUGCUCUUCAUGGGUGCCUGCAUGAGCCCGCCCCACCUGGCCAUCAUCACCAGCCUCUGCAAGGGACGGACACUCUAUUCUGUGGUGAGGGAUGCCAAGAUCGUCCUGGAUGUCAACAAAACGAGGCAGAUUGCCCAAGAAAUUGUGAAGGGCAUGGGCUAUCUGCACGCCAAGGGAAUCCUGCACAAGGACCUCAAGUCCAAGAACGUCUUCUAUGACAAUGGCAAAGUGGUGAUCACAGACUUUGGGCUCUUCAGCAUUUCCGGGGUGCUGCAGGCUGGCAGGCGUGAUGACAAGCUGCGUAUCCAGAAUGGCUGGCUGUGCCACUUGGCCCCGGAGAUCAUCCGCCAGCUUUCCCCCGACACAGAGGAAGACAAGCUCCCCUUCUCCAAACACUCAGAUGUCUUUGCGCUCGGGACAAUCUGGUAUGAGCUCCAUGCCAGAGAGUGGCCUUUUAAGACCCAGCCAGCAGAGGCAAUAAUCUGGCAAAUGGGCACAGGCAUGAAACCCAACCUCAGCCAGAUCGGCAUGGGAAAAGAAAUCUCGGAUAUACUUCUCUUCUGCUGGGCCUUUGAACAAGAAGAGAGACCUACCUUCACCAAGCUCAUGGACAUGCUAGAGAAACUGCCAAAGCGAAACCGCCGCCUGUCUCACCCUGGACAUUUCUGGAAGUCUGCAGAGCUGUGACCACUGGACAAGGGGACAGCACUCAGCUGCCUCAGCACCCGAGCCACCUCUCUUCCCCUGCUCUGCCCUCUGCCAGCUCAGGAGGCCAGCGGCUCACCAUCAGAGGGUACCGACCCCGGCCAGCCUGGGAGUGCUGCACAACUGAGCCCGGCGGCUUCCCUGCACCCCAGACCCAUGUCCACUCACUUGGGCAUGGGGGGGACCCCGAGCUAGGAUUUCACCAGGACCAGCCAGGGAGACACAGAGUGGAUCAGUGAGGCCCAGGGGCCGGUGUAGAGAAGAGAACUACGGGCUGGAUGUGGAGCCCCUGGGCCAUGGAGACUAGGGUGGGAGGCCCACGCGGGCAGGCUCGUGGGACCAGUCUGUGUGCGUGUGUGUCUCCGUGCGCGACGCCAUCUGCUCUCCAUUCCCCUUGGCAAACAGGAGUCAGGCUGCCCCAGCUCAGGAGCUGAGCCCUGCCCCAUCCCCACCCUUAGCCCCCCCGGGGCUGUUUUCGUGUCUGUCUGGAGAGAUGACCAGGGGAUGCAGAGCUGAGCAAGAGGCUACAGGCAGGGGACUCACCUGUUCCUUUGCAAUCUGUUCUCAGAGGCCCCACCCCAAGCCCAGCAAGGUUGGGGCACCUUUGCGUAUCACUCUGCAGUGCAUGUCUUUUGCGCUCUGGGUCUCUCUGGGGCACACUUGCCUGUUUCUGCCGCCUUCUCCUGCUCUGUGACAGCCUCGUCCCCCUUUUCCUUGUGGCCCUACCUACCCCGCCCUUUGGAAAGCACAGUGGCUCCCUGGCCAAGAUGACUUCUGGGAGCUCCUUACAGCUCACCUUCAUCCAUGACACCCCCCUGAAGUCUGAGCCUUGGGAGCUGGGGCUCUGGGAGGGGCAAGUUCUAGGACAUUCUUUUCCCCUCCCUCUGCUCUGGCACUUGCACCAGCUAAGUUUGUCCACCACACUGAUGGAUACGGGUCACUGGGGUGUGUGUGUGUGUGUGUGUGUGUGUGUAUGUGUUAGGUCAAAUGGCAUGUGCACAGAAUCCUAUUUGCUAGAAGAUCUCUACCCUGCCGCUUCACCCUUAAAAAGUCCUAUCAGGCAGCCAAGGAGGGCGGCCAUCUGUAGGGGUUCUGCAUUCUCCACUCCAGCAGGUGCCGAGUCUCAGGGUGGCUUCCCCGUUUGAUGUCUGUGCUCGCUCAGUGCCCCUGCCUUCCAUGCCUCACCCUUGCACCCCACCUGGGCCAGCUGCUUUUUCUGACUACACUGGGAGCAUGUGUUCUAGGUGCAGAGUGAGGGGAGAGCCUCUGUCUCACAUUCCUUACCUUUCAAGGGAAGGUCUUAUGUUCCCCCAGCCCUCGACCCCAUUCAUCUGACCUGGCAUCAAAGGGAAAUCUGUCCCCCAGCAGGGCACUAGCAGGACAGCGGGGCCUCUAGGCAAGAUGCCAGGGGUGGGCCUACAGUCCCACUGCACUUCCUGGGCCCUGCCCAGGCGCGGUUUCUUCUGGUCACUACCUUAUCUAGACAUCUCCCUCCCAGAGAGGGGACCUCAGACUUCAAAAACCCUAUCUGAGCUCGGACGCAGUGUCCGACCAGCAACGCAGGAAUCAUCCCCCACUUUGGGUCCCCUUUCCCCCCAUGGUUCAGGCCCUGGGGGCCAAGCCUGCUUCCUAACUGAGAAAAAGGAUGAGACCCGUUAUACUUCUGGAGACCCUCGGCCAAGGGAAACCCUUGUGCCUCCCCCAAAGGCCUUUCUGAAUUCCUUCCCAGGGCUCCCACCUGCCUGGGACCAGUGACUUCAGGCCCCCACGUGGGCCAUUCUUAAACAUCCCUCUUCUGGGGGCAUCUGUAACUGUGGCCCUGGGCCCAUCACGUGUCUAUUCUGGAGGCAUUUACACCUGUUUGCACAAGCCCCAGGUGCCUCCCUGUCCAGGAAAGUCACCCAGCGGACCCGCCCCCCAGGUCAGGGCUUGGGUCUCCAUCUCUUUAGUCGAACCAGGCUGCUCUCGUCCCUGGACUCCAGUCUGUGUCAUGGACCUCUCUGCGCCAGGGGCGGGGGGAGGGGCAGCUCCCUGAAGCUGGAAUUCUCACCAGAACUGCAGCCCACUCCCUCUUGCCUCUCUUGUUUCCAGGAUUAACUAAGGUGGCCACCCAGAGUCUUUGGUAAGGCCCAGGAGCAUCUCCCCGGGCUGAUUUUUCCCAUUUAUUCACAAAAAACCAGCUCGAGAUUAAGAAUGGAGCUUGAAGGACCCAAGGAGAAAUUCCAGAAGCCCCUGUGUCUUUGGGGUUCCUCUGCUUAUGGAGCAGGACUCCUUGGGGCCUCUGUGGUUCCCACAUCAUUUGCUCUUAUCUUCUCCUUUGCCCACAUCUUGACUUUGCUAUCACCUUCCUCACUCUCCACUGUAGCCAGCCCAGCCCCUCCCUGCCCUCCUCCUCUGGCUACACCACCCUGAAUUGUUUAGAAGCCAGCUUUAAUUUGCAGCCAUUUCGAUCCAGGAAGAACCAAACCACUGCUUUCCCUGUUGACCUCAAAUCCUUAUUCAUUGAAAUACUGGGAGGAGGUCAGGUUCAUUAAUCUAUUGCAAGGGGGAAAAAAGGGUGGUGUGUGUAUUUAUCGCACUUGCCAGCCCCCACAGUGACUCAUGCUGUAGAAACCACACAACACAGAUUGUGCGUGUGCAAGUGUCCAAUCACAGCUGCAUGCCUGUGCCUGGCACCCAACAGCAAGUUGUUUCUGUUUCUGCCUCGCUUUCAGUAAACCCAUACAUACACAGGCCUCCCAAAUGGACCAGUCCAUAUCGUCAAGAUUCACUAGGAAGCCUUGACCUUGUUCUUUGAAGGGCAGGGGGAUUUGCACACUGAAUCCCAGCCAACUCUGCUUGGUCACAAGUCUUUCAUAAAAUAGGGGUCCCCUUGCAGGGACACCCCCCCCCCGGCCUUAUGUGGGGACAUCUCCACAUGUCAUCCCCAGAGCAAAGCUAGACAUCCAAGUCUCCACUUAAUUCUGUUUGUCCGGGUUUUCUUUUUGUUGGUCGAAGAGAAAAAUCUUGUCUUGCCAAGGAGCCCUUCUCUUUCGGUUUCUUCCUUGGAUUCCUUGUUAGUAGAAGCCCUAAACUGAUCUCGGGAGACUAGAUUCCUGUAUCUGGGAAACCCUGCUCUACUGUCUUUCCACCUCCCACCCCAUAUGCACACCUCCUGCCCACCCUCCCCCCCAUCCUACCUCCCACAGUUCUUUUCCCUACUUGGGACUGACCAUCUAAGGAACAGGAAGGAAGUGGUAUAUACUUAGGCUCAAUCACUAUGCUUAAAAAUAUAGACUUGGGGGUUGACAAAUUAUGCCCUGUGGGCUGUAUCCAGCCCACCAAAUGGCUUCUACAGCAUUUAACUGGGGGGAAAAAGAUUUCAUGACAUGUGAAAACUCAAUGAAAUUCAAAUAUCAAUGUCAAUAAACUAAAUUUUACUGGUGCACAGCCACACCAUUCAUUUACA